CGAGGAGGUCCGUGCGCCUCGGCCGGGCCAGUUACCGUGGGACCGUUGCCUUGGCGACACGCACGCACGCGCACCUACGCGAGCAUCGGCAUCACGUCCUUGUCCUCGUCCUCGUCGUCCUCGUCGGCGAGAACGUCAGGGAGUCAUCGAGGAAUUACGCGAGGGUGUACCUAGUUACUCUGGCUAGGCGCGGCGCGGACACCGUUAAACAAAAAAAAACAGGCAUAACAAUACGACACUACAUCUCACGUUGUGAUCUGACAUACUACUACCUACUAUUGACUACGCGAAAAUUACACGGAGCUAGUGCUACUACAGGCACCGUUAUUUCGUACGUCUAUCGUCAAACUUGCCUAUCCUCCUUGUUGCCAGAAAUAGAGAUAUAAAUACGUAUAUAUAUAUAUUUAUUUAUACAUAUACGUAUGUAUGUAUACAGAGAGAGAAAGAGAGAGAUAGUGCGGGCGUUACUGCGGGCUCCAGGUAUACCGCUGUAUAUUCCUCGGAGAUGGUUCUACCAUCUGGAAACUCCUUGUGGAUAAUCGUGAUGGUAAACUGGUGCUAAAUGUUGUUCAUAUGAAGAUCGUUCGAUAUAAGCGUGGUACAGGGAUCAGUGUAUACCCGUGGGUGCCUCAAUAAAUUAAAUCGCGUUAUUGUUAUUUCAUCACGUAUGUGCCUGAUAUGCGUACGUGCCUAUGUUAAUGUGCCUUCCUCUAGAACUACCUACCGCGAUAAAGAACUUCACGACGUCUGUCAGGAUUUUCGAGUUUACACGUUCAGUUAGUGAAUGCUAGGAUUAGGAAGAGUGACUUAGAAUUCGUAAAGUAAUGCUAUCCAGCAAGGAUCCUCCGUUCGACAGGGUCAUCCUCGACGAGGAUACCACCUCGAUGGAGAGGUUCCUGUGACUACUAGGCUGAUCCUCGCGUCCAUUCGUGAUUUUCUCCAAGGUGCGUCGCGAGCAGAGAGCCGGUUGUCAUUGUCGCCCGGGGCUGCUGCCGCGUGACAGGGGUUGCCGCUAGAACAAGAGUGGAUAACUGUUAUAAAGGAGGUUUGGAUGGUUCCUCGGGCGGGUGCCCUCGCGAGGUCAGCCUGGGAUCGCCACCCGGAGCCGGAACCGGAACAGGAACGGUUUUACGAUUCGCCGCCCCCACGGAUGGACGUGAGCGUGUGCUGCUUGCCCAGUGCCGGCUCGGGGGCUCAGACUCAUCCUCAUCCUCAUCCUCAUAGUCAUUCCGGAAACCUACCCUCUGGGGGACAACCGAUCAUCCAGCCCAACUACCCUCACCAGCAUCAUGCCGAUCAGAUAGUACCGGAACGUGGCCAGCCCGACGGACUCGCCAUCCUCGGCACCGUCGGCCAGGACGGCUGGCCCCAGAUCUCACCGGCGACCCCCGUCGCCGGAUCCCUUACUGCCACCACGACGACCUACAUCGACUAUUCCUGGCUGCAGAUGCAGCAGACGUCGGACCUGGACACGCUUCUCUGCAGACAGGAAUUGGAGCGUCUCCAGAGACUUGACGAGGAUGACCCGGACAAGGAGGCACGCGAGGCGUCGGCGCAUAUGGACGACUUCUUCGAAGUCGCUGGUCCAGGUUGCAGGCCGCAGGCCAGCUUCGUCUCUGCGAGGAAUCAGCCGGCGACGAACGACGACGACGUCUUCCUACGUCCGCCGCUCUGGGAAGACAUUACCUCGAGUAUACAAAAGUUGGAUCCUGAGAAUGCGGACAUGUUGGGCAGCCAGUCGCACGUGAAGCUUGAGAGCGAGGAUGCGACGUCGCCGGUACUGUCGCCGGUUGAGAUUAAGACCGAACCUUUACCACCACCACCGACGUUACACCUCCUCGAGGGACCAGCUUCGAAUCCGUUGCAAAACUUUAAUCCUAGACACCAGACUGCAACCGGGGGACAGAAUAGAGGAAGUGCUGGUAACGGUGCUGGCGCUGGUGGUGGCAGCGGUGCACAAUUCAAAAGUUAUCCUACCAAUGGAAACAAUGGGAAUGCGAAUAACUCCUCACCGACGAAUCAUCAUCCGCCUGGACAUCAACAGAGUGGAAAUGCUACCUCCCCGUUGUACGGCUCGAUGACGAGGUUGAUGUACGUCUCUCCAUUGACACCGCCGAUUUCCGAUCCCGGCUCACCGCUCGGCGGACCCCCACGUAGGACGCCACCGCCCCCGUAUCCGCAACCAGCCAUUCUUAAUACUUCCCACAGGAUACAGCCAAAUCCCAUAACAAAAUUCAAUCGACGGAAUAAUCCUGAAUUGGAGAAAAGAAGAGUUCAUCACUGUGACUUCAUAGGUUGCACCAAGGUAUACACUAAGAGUUCCCAUCUAAAGGCCCACCAGCGAAUACACACAGGCGAAAAACCUUACCAGUGCCAGUGGCCAGAGUGCGAAUGGCGAUUCGCACGUAGCGAUGAGCUCACACGACACUACCGCAAGCAUACAGGCGCGAAACCGUUCAAAUGCGCCGUCUGCGAGAGAUCAUUCGCACGUAGCGAUCAUCUGGCGCUUCACAUGAAGCGUCACUUGCCCAAGCAGCAUGCCAAGUGAUCCACGAGGAAGCGUCAAGUAGAGUGUCCUCCUCUGUAUCGCGCCGGUCCACCUGGAGAAAUGCGUUGAUGAAUGGAUCCAAGGCCAGAAGAAAUUUCAAAAAACGUAGGACAAGGUGGAAAAUCUAAAAAAAAAUAUUUAAAAUGACAAAUCUAUCGGACCCUGAGAUUUCAAAUGGGCUAAAUCUCAGGAAUCACGCUGGCUGGUCCAACGUGAACGAUCAUCGAUUCAUCGGAAAGUAUAUAUUAAGAAGAUAAUCGAACCCAAGGAACUUGGAGAAUUUUUAUACAACCAUAAGUUUUCCAUCGAGCAGCUUUCUUGAUGUCGGUUUGUUUCUUUAAUUCUCGUGUCUCAAGUCCAUAUACAUAUGUGGUCUACCUUCGUCCAAUAAAAAUUAUCCCUCUGGCGGAUUCUCAUGGAUUCCAGAUGAUCCUAACUUGGGAGACGCGUGUCCUCUGGGAUAUUUGGGGUUUUUGGAAUAUUCUCCACUCCUCCCUAACGGGUGAUGUGCUCGAAUUCCGCUGGAGACUUAAGAAUUAAAUAGAAAACCCGUUAAAUGAUAUACGGGGUGGAAAAUAUCAAAUGGAUACAGAGCAAAUGUGUGUAAUGAAUAUCUGUUAUAUAUAUAUAUCAUAGAAGCGACGCUGGUAUGUGCGCGUGUGUCUCUGAGUGUGCGUGUUUUGUAGAUAUAUAUAUAUAUAUAAAAAAGGAAAAUUAAGUAAACGCUAGAAGCGAGAAUAGAAUGGCGUCGCUAUGCCUUAUGUACAAAUUUUCUCCAUAGGAACUCCUCGAUUAUUAUCACUCACAAAUCUUUAUACCGGUACGCCUGGCAUUAAGAUCCAGCAAGUUUUCUUAAUCAGUGCUUAAUUGUAUUAAUUAAUUCAGUGACGUACUUAAACAUUCAAAGGAUGCACAGAGGAAAGAAAAAUAUAUAUAUUUACCAUAACAGUUAGGAAAGAUCGCAAAAAUGUCCGAAUGUCAUCAACUCUAGUUUGUUACUAAUCAAAAUCUGUUUUACAUUUACUAAACGUAUUGAGAGGAUUCAUUGAAAAAAUAUUGAAAAUUCAUCCUACAAUACAUCCGUGUUAGUACACCUAUUAAAAGGCCCCCUUAAAGACGACUUUAAGACGUCUUCAGACUAAAUGACUUCUCGAACUCAUCUCUAAGACGUCCUUUCGACAUUUAUGCUAACAGGAAUCUUAUUCGUAAUCAUUUCUAUUGUUUUCUUGAUUUUAAUCUCUUCUGGCAUCUCAUUUCUGCCCAUACUUCCGUUAUCCCUCGACCCUAUUACUUUAAUUAGCCUUGACUCGUUAGCACGUUUUAAAAUCAAAACAAUGUGAUAUACAUUUACAUAUUACGUAAAGGAAAAACCUUACAUAUCACGAAGCGCUAUACGUAUAAAUCUAGUAAAUACGUAAGGAAUAUCUGUACUGUAUGCAUAUAGAUAUAAUAAAGGUAGAUACAUCUAUUUUACCUAUAUGUAUACACAUGAAGAUCAAUUUUUUCUAGGAUCGAUCGACUAAUAUAUCUCAUCCACCUAUCGAUAAUGAGCACCACUGUCCAAGAAUUCACGUUUCCAUUUUCUACUGUCAUUGUCAUUGACCCUUUCGUAUGAAUACAUACACGGGGUUACUCGCGACAGACAUGCCACCUGAAGUUCGCCUGCCCAUUUGAUUUCUAUGAUAAAACCAACUUCAGGUGGUACGCUUGCACUGAAUAAUUUCUGUCUGAACGACUGCACGAUUGUCAAAAAAUUGAUCAAGUUCUCACCUUAAUUAUUAUUACUAUUAUUCUCACUCCCCAUUCCAUGACUCUGUGACGAGUCGUUACCAGAAGCUUCAUUGGAUAUUCUCAAGAACCAUCGUCAUUUAUCCAGACUAAGAAUUUCAUAUUUCCUUUAAUCUUUUGUAUCGUUUUUCAUUCUAGACGGAAGUCGAUAGAUACUUCCUGUUCCAUAGUAAAGUCCGCUCGUGGCCGUCAUGCCCUCUUUUCUAUUUCUCUUUUCUUUGUUCUCCUGCUAUCACCGGACAGAAUUGAUAUACAUAUUACAAAUAAAUAGAUUGAUAUAUAUAUAUACAUAUAUAAAUAUUGUAAUAAAGUAAAUAACCGUUUAUACGGGAGGCAAGAGUAAUUCGUUGCCGUAACGCUUAUUUAGGUAUAAAAUGAUGUGUUAUACCUUAGUGACAGAAUGAGAGAUAAUGUGACGGCGAAAAAUUCGUAAUUGAAGAAAAAUUGAAAGGGAAAAGUGGGCCUGUCCUUUGUCAUUGUUAACGUCCCCCGACGUCGUGAACUCUGGGUAACGUAGGUGGCCAAAAGUAUAAAUGACAAUUCGUAGACUUGAGUGAAAUGUCCAUCUUUUCGUCGAAACUGAAAGUAUUCAUUAUCCAAUUAGUCAUUACAAUAUACCCAGGUAAAUUAUUCUAUUAAGUCAGAUUUUAUUCCCACUUUGUCUACUGAUAUAUCAUAUAUGCACAUGGGGUGGCGCGUAGCUACGCGUUUACGCGUACACUGCUACAUAUCAUACUCAUAUGCAUAUGUUAUGUAUACAUUUACGUGUAUUUAUUAGAUCAUAGAGAAAACGGAUAUAGUUGCAUUUGCGAGUAAUUGUACUUGUGUAAUGUAAAAUAUGUAAAUCAAAUUAUUGAAGAUAAAUAAAUACUUAUUUG